AUGACCGAUGCUAAAAAUGAUGUGAACGGAUCUUCGGUGGUCGACGCCGACGGCUUGAUCGAGGGCAACUAUGAUCAAGUCGUCGAAUCUUUCGACGAUAUGGAGCUCAAGGAAGAACUCCUCCGUGGAAUCUACGGAUUUGGUUUUGAAAAACCUUCUGCAAUCCAAAAACGUGCUAUCGUUCCAUGCACCACUGGAAAAGACGUUAUCGCACAAGCCCAGUCUGGAACAGGAAAAACUGCUACGUUCUCAGUUUCCAUUCUCCAAAGAAUCGAUCAUGAAGAUCCACAUGUUCAGGCUCUCGUUAUGGCUCCAACAAGAGAGUUGGCUCAACAGAUCCAAAAGGUUAUGAGCGCUCUUGGAGAGUACCUCAAUGUGAACAUUCUUCCAUGUAUCGGAGGAACUAGCGUUCGCGAUGAUCAACGCAAGCUUGAGAAUGGAAUCCAUGUCGUCGUCGGAACUCCAGGACGUGUUGGAGACAUGAUCAACAGAAACGCUCUUGACACCUCCAGAAUCAAGAUGUUCGUUCUCGACGAGGCUGACGAGAUGUUGUCUCGUGGAUUCAAGGAUCAGAUUUACGACGUUUUCCGCUCCAUGCCACAGGACGUUCAAGUCGUUCUUCUCUCGGCUACAAUGCCAUCUGAGGUUCUUGACGUUACCGAUCGCUUCAUGCGUAAUCCAAUUCGUAUUCUUGUCAAGAAGGACGAACUCACUCUUGAAGGUAUCAGACAGUUCUACAUCAAUGUUCAGAAAGAUGAGUGGAAGUUUGACUGUCUCUGCGAUCUCUACAACGUCGUCAAUGUCACUCAAGCUGUUAUCUUCUGCAACACUCGCAGGAAGGUCGAUCAACUUACCGAGCAGAUGACUAACAAACAGUUCACUGUUUCAUGCCUUCACGGAGAUAUGGACCAGGCAGAACGUGACACUAUCAUGCGCGAGUUCCGCUCCGGAUCUUCCCGUGUCCUCAUCACCACCGAUAUCUUGGCUCGUGGUAUUGACGUUCAACAGGUCUCCCUUGUUAUCAACUACGAUCUCCCAUCUAACCGUGAAAACUACAUCCAUCGUAUCGGUCGUUCUGGACGUUUCGGUCGCAAAGGAGUCGCCAUCAACUUCGUCACCGAGAAUGAUGCUCGUCAACUCAAAGAGAUCGAGACAUACUACACCACUCAAAUCGAAGAGAUGCCAGAAUCAAUCGCUGACCUCAUCUAA